AUGCAGGUGCGGGCGCGUCUCGAGGUGUCUGGGCCGUAUUACAGAAACAUCCGACUAGACUUGAUCCUUAUGAUCCCGGGAAGACUGACUCUUAUCAUGGAGAGAGAAAGAAGUUCCUGCAGUAAACCGCAGCUAAUCCCGCUAUCUGGGGAACUCGGUGGAUCUGGGAUGUUUCGAUCUCUGCACGGGCAAAAUGAUGCCCAGCAAGAUGCAGAAGAACAAGCAGAGACUGCGCAGCUUGACAACCUCAGCCUGAGCAAGCUGGCCCAUCGACAGACAGACCAGCCUCCAUGUCCUAUUUCAACCAACCAGCCCCGUGGUCACUCACAAGUGGUCAAUCAUCCCAACAACAAAGUCAAGACAGACCCCCAGAGAGCCACGGAGCAGCCGCGACAGCUGUUCUGGGAGAGGCGGCUGAAGGGUCUGCGCUCGUCGGACGUGUCGGAGGAAGCGCUCAGGACGAUGGAUCUGCCCAAAGGUUUACAGAGUAUGGGGCCGGACUCGACGGAACGAGACGCUUCUGUCGGCCACGCUAGCGCGCUGCACAUGAGCUCGGCGCCCAUCACGGGUCAGACGUCCUCGGCGGCCGAGAAGAACCCGAGCAUAUGGCUGAACACAUCGCAGCCGCUCUGCAAGGCCUUCACCGUCACAGACGACGACAUACGGGAGCAGGAGCUGAAGGUGCAAUCAGGCGCGCCGCAGUCUGGAAAGAAGCUCUGAUGCCGGCAGACG